AUGUUGCAAGAAGUCAUUAGGGCGUUCUACAUGUGCGGCCUCGAAGAGGCAGCGGCAGCAGACGCCGCUAGAGCGGUCGGUAUGCCACCCCGGAGCAUCAACCUAGGCAGCAUAGAUUUUGACGACCCGUCGUGGGCAUUGUAUCGGUACUGGCUCUUCCAAGACCACUCCUUCCGUCACGCACAAUCAGGCACGCAGCUGCGCGAGCAGUUGCAGCGUCUCGGUUUCCGACCGGAGGUCCUCCCGCUCACAUCAACGUUCGGCGAGACGUUCAUCCCACACCUUGAUGUGCGCGACUGGGCUCGGCGGCUCGCGGCGGAUGUGCAUAGGCGGACAUCGAGCAUCCCACCAAUGCCACCAGCGAGAUUGUAA